AUGCCUUCUACGCCUACCCUGAAACGCCGGUAUCGACAAGACCUCACUCUCCGCAAGUCAUUCCUAGACAAUGUCAAAUCAAAGUUUCUAUCCUCCAUAAACGUCAAGUCGAGUGAUAUUAGUCCUCAAGCCUGUUGUUUCGACCCUAUUCCAAACAACAAUGUGCACGAACCCCACAACCACACCAGCUAUGAUCCACAUCCUUACUCAAGGCGGAAGAAAUCAUCAAUCGUACACAGCACGACACAUCGCAUAGCCAUCCUUCCCCCAGAACUUUUGGCCUACAUCUUCGUUCUCGGUUCGUACGCAGACACCCAUUUCCCAGUUACAGUUUCCCACGUCUGUCGUUUCUGGCGAGAACUCAGUUUACGUACCCCGAUAUUGUGGUCCACGAUACAUUUUGCGACACGGACAUCUGCAUUGCGAGAGAGGAUGUUGCGUUCGAAGGCCUGUUCGCUCGACAUUGGCAUCCAGGAACUUCCUAGGAGACCAUUCAACUUUUACGAAAUACAGCGAUAUAUGUGUUUCGCGACGUCGCAUAUACACCGGUGGAGAUCACUGAACAUCAUGGUAUUGAAUUAUGUGCCAUAUCUAUGGAACGCAGCAUUGUCCGAAUGUUGUUCAAGCCAUCAUUCUCAAGCACCGACGAUGGAGGAACUUUCGCUCGUCUAUCGGAGAAACGAUGACACGAAAGAGUUCUGUUUGUUUUCAGGCUAUGCACCCCGUCUGCAACGACUCACUAUCGAUGGAAUACGCUUAACCUGGCUCCCUUCAUUAUUUCGCAACCUGACUUACCUGGAUUAUACCCACCAUUCCUUCAGCACAGGUAGCCAGGCUGUGAACGAGGUCAUGAAUGUUCUCUCCGUCAGCUCUCGUUUACUCGGGCUGCGAUUAUCAUUCCCGAAUAGUCGCAACACUCGACGGAAUUCUAGAACCACCUUCUCCGCGGGGACAGUACGUUUGACGCAUCUCAGAACUCUUUGCCUUCGAGUGGAGAGUAUUGAUAUUCCAGACGAGCUAAUUCAACUCGCAGUAACUCUCCUUACCCCGAACUUGACUACCCUCGAAUUGGAGGAUUCAUUUGAAAAGCACUCGAGUAUUCACUCGCGACGUACCUCGUUCCUUAAUCUUCCCAUGUUCUUGACAUUGUACGUCCUUCCGGGGUCUCUUCGGGUGCUGCGUUUCGACCAUCGAUGGUACAAUGAGGGAAUUACACCUUUACUUCGGCCGCUAGUCAAUCUACGCAUCGUAGUGGUGAAACCGGAGGGUGGCACGGAUCGGACUUUUUGCACCAUGAGGAAACGGGGUGGAAGGCGUAGGCCUGAAAGGGGCGAUUGCAGAUGA